AUGCAGGAAGGAGAUGCCGAAGACUCCCCCGAAUCACAACAAGCAGAUACCGGCGACCUCGUCUGUCCGAGUCCCACGCCUGUCGAAUCAGGCGGGACAAUGCCAUACCUGUCAGACUGCAAUAACGGAGGAUAUGGCGUCUUCGAGGCUCCAUUUGAUACUUACUCCCCCCUUCCCUACUCGGCGAGUCCGUCUGCGGCUACCACGUUGCGAACCUUCUCGGUCGCAAUGCCGGACCUCCAAUCUCCAGUCGACAUACAAUUCCUCUGGCAUCAUUUCGUCCAACAUACAGCGAAGGGCUUCCUCGUCUGGGAUCCUCAAACUGUUUUCCGGGACCAAGAUAUCAAGGAUCCCUACGCAGUUGGCCUGCCAGCGAUGGCUACAAGCAGCCCCCCGUUGUAUUAUGCGGCUUUGGCGCUGUCCGCGUUCCACUAG